AGGAGGUUGUUGGAUACGGAGGAUGAACUAUCAGAUAUCCAAUCAGAUUCCGUUCCACUGGAAGUGCGAGAUUGGUUAGCAUCUACCUUUACAAGGAAAAUGGGAAUGACGAAAAGGAGACCGGAGGAAAAACCAAAAUUUCGAAGCAUCGUGCAUGCUGUACAAGCUGGGAUCUUUGUGGAAAGAAUGUAUCGAAGAACAUCUAGCCUGAUUGGUUUGGCUUAUCCAGAUGAAGUAAUAGCAACCUUUAAGGCUGUUGACAAAUGGUCAUUUGAUGUAUUUUCCUUAAAUGAAGCAAGUGGAGGCCACAGUCUGAAAUUUAUGAUGCAUGAAUUGUUUACUAGAUAUGAUUUAUUGAGCCGUUUCAAGAUUCCUGUUCCAAGUCUUAUUUCAUUUGGAGAAGCUUUGGAAAUUGGCUACAGCAAGUAUAAAAAUCCGUACCACAACUUGAUCCAUGCAGCUGAUGUUACCCACACUGUACAUUGCAUCAUGCUUCUGACUGGGAUCAUGCACUGGCUCACUGAACUGGAAAUAUUAGCCAUGAUUUUUGCAGCUGCAGUUCAUGACUAUGAACAUACUGGGACUACAAACAAUUUCCACAUUCAGACCAGGUCAGACGUUGCUAUUCUGUACAAUGAUCGCUCUGUUCUUGAAAACCACCAUGUUAGUGCUGCUUAUAAGAUUAUGCAAGAAGAGGAAAUGAAUAUUCUGGUGAAUCUAACAAAAGAUGAAUGGAGGGAACUGCGCAACCUGGUUAUUGAGAUGGUUUUAUCUACUGAUAUGUCUGGGCAUUUCCAGCAAAUCAAGACGAUGAGGCACACUCUUCAGCAAACAGAAGGGAUAGACAAAGCCCGAGCCAUGGCCUUGAUCCUCCAUGCUGCUGACAUCAGCCAUCCAUCAAAAUUGUGGGAUCUGCACUACCGAUGGACAAAGGCCCUGAUGGAAGAAUUUUUUCGACAGGGAGACAAAGAGGCAGAGCUAGGGCUACCAUUCUCUCCACUCUGUGACCGGAAAUCCACCAUGGUGGCACAAUCCCAAAUAGGUUUCAUUGAUUUCAUAGUGAAACCAACAUUUGCUCUUCUUACCGAUUCCAUGGAGAAAAUAAUUUUUCCUCUCAUAGAGGAAGCAUCGAAGUCCGAAAGUUCUACCUUUGUGACAACACCAAGUGAAAAUAGUGCAGGAAGUACCAGCAGUGAUAUACACAAAAAGAUAAGUAUAAAAAAUGCUGCAUGUGUUGGUGGGACCUGCUCAGAAAACGCUUUGACAAUGGUGGAUUUAAGAAGCUUUAAAGACAACCUAUUCCAGAACAUACAGGAAAACAAAGACAGGUGGAAAGAUUUAGCAGAAAAAGGGGAGCCUAAUCUCAGUGAGAAUUCCGAAGAGCCAAUGAAAGAGCCAGAACUGUGCAGCUAGGACAACGGUACCUUCAUUGUUUCUGCUCAUUUUCAGACCAAGAGGAUGAACUGAACAGCAAGAAAGUGUCUUCAUUCUACACAAGGCUGCUAUCUCUUCUACAAUUCAAGGCAUUGAUUGCAGCUAUCAAGAACUUAUUUGAUUUCUUCUUCAGUUCUUCUAUGAUCCUUUAACAUAGCUGGAAUACAUCUUCAGCCAAAAUAUUUGUUAGACACACACACAGCCAUUAUGGAAUGACUGCUGAAGGGAGGAAGUGCCUGAUUAGCAGAAACUUUCUGGAAGCUUCCUCUGAGCAGAUUACUCCAUUUGGAGAUGAUUAAGAGGACUGUGGACUAGAUCUCAAGGUGCAAUUAGUGUAGACAGCUGCAAGCUGCUUCUCUGCUGUCUUGUUGAUUAAUAACAUAUCCAGAUGUACAGAUUUUUGCUUUUAUAGAAAUAUGGGGUUGAGGGUUUAGAAAAGCUGCACUAAAACAUACCAAGAAUUCUAGAAAGCCCCUUGAAUAAGUAGUGAUGGUUUUAUAGGUAACUAAUGAGGUAAACCUCUGGUCUUUUACAUAACCAGCCUUAUUUCUGAAGGGUAUAAAAAUAUCUAUUUAAAACUAGUAAAACACGGCUACGUCAAAUUGUAUGAGAAGAUCAAAUGCUAGUUGCUGGGUCAGACUCUUGGAAGAAGCCAUGACUUAGCAGCUAAGCAUGUAGGGGGUCCAUAAUGCAAACUCUGGUGCCAGAGAAAAACAACUUGAGACUUCAGGGUUGUGUGAAAGACCACAAUCUAGGAGCUUGCAGAACUGCUGACAGCUCAAGUCAAGCUCACUAGACUAGGUAAUCCAACUCUUUGUUUCUUUUUAACACAUUCAUAUUGCAGACCAUCUUGCCAAGGAAAUACUGUAUGGAAUUUUUAAAUACACCUGAAGUUGUUUUCACCCUGUAGACAGAAGCCAGCUGGAGCCUUUUCUCUUCUUCCCACUGAGGGAAGUAGCAAAAACCAAGAAUUGAGAAGAGCUCUUCCUGCUUAUUUCUGGCUUUCUCACUUUGGAGCUAGUUGCUCUCCACACUUUUUGGAGGCUAGAAAGCAAGAGCUUCAAUCCCAUUAUGAAACUCGUGUUAAAGGGAUCGCCGAAGCCAUAUAUGAGCUGUGCCUAUUAGAUACCAGCUAGCUGAUUUGAAGGAAAGCUUGGGUGAAUGGAUUGAAAUGAUAAUAAUAAUUUAAAAAGCAUGUGGCAACUCUUUUCUGUCAAAAAGGCAGAGCUUGUAUUUAGCAUUGACUUUGUGCGCCAUAUACCACAGUGGAACGACCUUUGGAAGAACAAAACUGUCUGAAAUGUUCUAUGACAGAACUUACACUUUUGCUGAAGUGUUUUCUCUCUCUUUACCCUGUAUGUGAAUGUGCCUAUGUAUGUAUACGUAAUCCUGAGUAUAAUAUACCCAUACGCUGCUACUAUCAAGUGGCACCAGGAAUUUGGAUGAUUCACCAUGUCUUCGUGCUGUCACUGAAUUAUUUUCCCAUGAUUAAAAAUAACCAUUCUCACGAAUGGUUUGCAUCGAGAAGCUUCAAGAGAUAUCUAUCAACCCGUAGGAAUAUAUUCUUUCAUUAAUCCUAGGGAUUUCUCAGGAAAAUACUUGUAGACUUUUCAACCUGGAGCCCCGUGUGCAAAAUGGAGAUGUCUGCUUCUUCUGGGAGGAAAAGGGAGUUUCUUGACCUCUUUUCCUUGUAUGGGACUAUUCAGCAACAGCAAAGAGAUCUCCAGUUUUAUUUUGGAAGCCCUCAUAUAAUGCCUUAAUUAUUUAGGAUUAAUCGUUUUUGCUCACCUGCAUGCUUGUAGUCAUCUCGCCCACCGAAGGUAGGGCAGUUCAAAUUAAAGCUUUGCCAAGCAUGAGUCUUCAACAGGAAGAAAAUCUUCUGUCAAAUAUGAUGCCGUUUGAACUGUAAUUCCAUAUGAAUGCCAUCAUCUGCCUCUGGUAGAUGUACUGUAGGUUUCUUUAAAAGCAUUUGUUUUAGCACCUCUUGGAACAGGCUCUUUGACAACAAGAAACAUUUGACCUCCUAUCAUUCUCAGAACACUGAGGCCAAUCUAGUAGGAGUAUACAUUUUGUGGCCUUUGUUUUACACUUUUGCAAAGAUUGUAUUUAGUUUUAUGCUACCAAUGAAAAAUGAUAGCAGCUACUGAACAUAAUCUCAUAAUUUUGAUUUUGAUUUUUUUGGCAGAGGAGAAGCAAAUGCAGUGAACUCAAUCCCAUUAAGAUCUGUUUUUGCAUAGUUUGUUUGGGGUUUUCCCCCUAUAUGUUGCCUUAUAUUGAAAAGGUCAUAAUUUCAAUUGGGACAAAUAUUUAAAACAAGCAAGAUAUGGAUAGUGGCAAGUCUUAGAAUCCUAAUUCGAAACCAUGCUCUUCCAUUUCAUUUGCUUGUCAGUAAAACAGAAAUACUGUGAAAAUCCCUGACGCACAACAUGCUUAUUAAUGUUUGGGACCAGAAAAUGGGGAGGAGGGUACCCAUUCUCUACAUAUUUUCUUUGUUUUGUUUUAGUUUUAGGCUGUUUUUUUAAACACUGUAAUGGGCUUCAGUAAAAUAAAGUUUUUCCUCCACAGGUCUUUUAAAUUUCUCUCAACAUUAAUAUUGAAUUGGGACCACAUUACUUGUUUAGUUUCAUAAUGAUUUAUGCAGCAUAUGUCUUGUCUGAUCUGGUCUUUUCUAUACACUUAUAGUUAGUGUACAUUGUCCUUUCCAGAGCCACCUAGUAUGAGUUGUACAAUAAGUAAAUUUGUUCACAUGGAUUGCCACAGGUCUGCCAUGUUUAAAUUUUUGGGAGCAUUGUGGGAACUUAAAAUGGUGGCCUGAUCUUUUCACCUCGCACUCCUCAGAGUAUAGCUGAAUAGACAUAGGGGUAUACUUUCCAACUUUUAUUUUGUAUAUAUUUAUCUUGAGAUUUCUGGCAUACUUGUGUAAUAUAAACAUGAAUUGUAAUUUCAGCAUUUUAAAAGAAUUAAUUUUUAGUGUGGCAAUCCUCAUGGAAUGUAUGGGGGACUUUUUCUGCUGUAGUUGCCUAUGAUAAGAUGUCUAAAUAAAUUAUAUUGGAAAG